AUAUCUUCACGUAAAUAAACAUCAAUGGCAAGAUCCGAGAUCACAUCUUAUCUACGCACAUAUAAAAUGGAACUUUGCCCUUCCACGUACAUAGGGCCGUGAACCGCUGUGAGCGUCACAUGAAGCUGUUGAUUAUUAUAGGUUUGGCGGCAGUUUGGUGCGAUGCUGCGCAGUGGCAGGACAGACGAUUUCCAGACGACUUCAGGUUUGGCGCGGCCACGGCUGCAUACCAGAUUGAAGGGGGCUGGAAUGCAGAUGAUAAGGGUGAAAGUAUUUGGGACCGCUUGACUCACACAAACCCUGACUUCAUCGCAGACAGAAGCAAUGGCGAUGUUGCUGCUGACACGUACUCAAACUACAGAACCGAUGUUCAGAUGAUGAGGGAGCUCGGCCUGGACGCGUACCGGUUCUCCAUAGCCUGGUCAAGAAUUCUACCCAAUGGCAUCUCCAGCAAAGUUAGUGACGCUGGCAUUGCGUUCUACAACAACUACAUCAAUGAAAUGGUGAAGUACAACAUCACUCCAAUGGUGACAUUGUACCACUGGGACUUACCACAGAAACUGCAAGAUCUCGGCGGAUUUAUGAACCCUAAUUUCCAUGAAUGGUUUGAGGACUACGCGCGGGUUGCAUACGAGAACUUCGGUGACAGAGUUAAGCAUUGGAUUACGUUUAACGAACCGAGAGAAAUCUGUUACGAAGGUUACGGUUCUGAUACUAAAGCACCUGUUAUAAAUGCAACUGAUAUUGGAACGUAUUAUUGUGCCAAGAACUUAUUGAUUGCUCAUGCAAAAGCUUAUCACGCUUAUGUGAAGGAUUUCAAGCCCAAACAAGGUGGAGUGUGUGGUAUCACUAUAAGUGUCAAUUGGGUCGGACCACUAACUGACUCUGAAGAUGACAGGUUGGCAGCUGAAAUUAAAAGGCAAGCAGAGUGGGGUCUGUACGCAGAACCAAUUUUCUCCGAAUACGGAGGCUUUCCUGCAGAACUGUGCAAUAUUGUCGCUUGGAAGAGCGCAGAACAGGGCUACCGAAGAUCACGGAUGCCAGAAUUUACUGACGAAGAGAGGACUCUAGUGCGAGGAUCUUCAGAUUUCUUUGGAGUAAACCAUUAUUCUGGUACUCUUGUAUCAGCUACGCAUUACAAGGAAACCCACCCUGUGCCCUCAUUGCUCGAUGAUGCUGGAGUAGGGGUCUACAAUCCGCCAGAAUGGCCGCAAUCUGCCUCGUCUUGGUUAAGGCUGUCACCAAACAGUCUUUACUAUGCGCUAACUCACCUCGACACUAAAUAUAACAAGCCAAUAAUCUACGUCACAGAGAAUGGCUGGUCAGAAAGCCCUGAAGAUGGCUAUUAUAUUGACAAUGGCAGGGUCGAAUACUUCAGGGCCAAGUUGAACGAUGCGUUGGAUGCUUUGGAAGCUGGUGUCGACCUCCGAGGGUACAUGGCAUGGAGUUUGAUGGACAACUUCGAAUGGAAUCAGGGUUAUCUGGAACGUUUUGGCCUCUUCGAAGUGGAUUUCAAAAGCGAAUACAAGGAACGACGUCCAAGGAAAUCUGCGUUUGUGUACAAACAUAUAAUCGAGACUCGAGUGGUUGACCCCUACUACGAACCUGACUCCCUCACUAUGUGGAUUGAUGAUGGACAUUAUUUUCAAUCAGCUUACUAUAAUAACCAAUAUUCUUCGGGGCCUUUUUCAGUGUCUUACAACUAGUGUGAUUUGCGAUUAUAUAGAUCUCAUUUUCUUCUUCGUCAGCCCUUAAUUUUCAUUCAACGUUGAAUGUAGCCAUUAUAGCCUUGUGGUUAAGACGUCCGCCUAUUCGGAAGGUCAGGGGUUCAAUCCCGGGCCCGGGCCUCUAAGACGUGUUAAGAUAAAGAAAGUAUGUAUUUACUUUUUAUACGUUUUAGUCAUUUAUUGUUAUUAAAGAUUUAAUAAAUAAACGUUUUACAAGUU